AUGGCAAAGCAAAAAAGGCAGAACAAGAAGAAGAAGGAUGCUAGUUCUUCGGAUGCUCGUGCCUUUGUAUCAGGCCGAUGUGAUACGAGUUAUUUGCAAUUGAUUAGGGACGGGUUAAAUGCUGCGAAUCUUGAAUUGUUUCGUGCUUCUUGCUUCGGCCAUUUUUUGCAGUUAAAAAGUCUGCAAUUUCAGGGGCAAUUAAUGUUUAUAUUGUAUAGGAAUAUUGAUAAGAAUAGUUUAGAGCGUAGGAAGCUUGGUUUUAGGUUUAAUAAUAAGGUUGUUGAAUUAGGCCCACCUGAGUACUUAGCUAUAAGUGGUUUGCGGUUUUCCGAUUGGUCUGCACCGCCCACACGAUCUGAUUUUCAUCAUGAUGUAUUUGGUGGUGAUCAAGUGCUUUAUUUAGAUGACAUUGUUAAAAAAUUUGACCAUCAUGCAACGAGUAGUGGAGGGGCUAGUGAGAAUUGCUUGAAAUUAGCUCUUCUGCUUGUUUUGUACGGUCUGCUCUUGCCGAGGCAUAAAACACAUAAGCGCAUAGAAAUUGAAUACAUUCAUCUAGUUGAUGAUCUGGCCAAAUUCAACCUUUAUCCCUGGGGACUUGUUAGCUAUCAGUUUUUGGUGACAGUUUCGCACAAUGCGAGGCUGAUAGUUGAUGAUAAACUAGCCAGCAACCAGUCACCCGCCUUCGAUGCAUGUGGAUGCACAAUCGUUUUGCAAGUUUUUUUAUAUGAAGUGUAUAAAAAACUUGGCGAGAUGUGUGCCACAAGGGUAGAAAGUGCCGAAUCUUUGCAUCCGCGCAUGUUGCGAUGGUCUACAGAAAGUUUCUACAAGCUUGAUGUGCUUAUGGAAUACUUCAAACCAGAAUUUGAAAAUGAGAUUCGGCCGAUUGUAUUUGAUGAGUUUGAGAUGCGACUCAUAGAACACAUUGGAUUCGAUACGGCUGUUGGAAGCCCUAUUGCUAUCGAUAAGCUGUUGCAUCAUGUUCAUUUGUUGGAUCCCGAGCCCAAGUGGAAGAAGCGGAAGGCUGGCGAUGGCGCGAGUACUAGUGCUCCCAAAAAGCAGCGGACGGCUGGCGAUGGCGCGAGUACUAGUGCUCCCAAAAAGCAUCGGAAGGCUCAUGAUGGCGCGAGUACUAGUACUCCCAAAAAGAAGCAGACAGAAGUAGGCUGUGAGCAGCCGGCAACUGAGAAGAGGAGAAGGUCUUCGCGGUUACAUAAAGAUGAAGAUGCAGCGCCCGUUCAUGGGCAAUGCUGUUGUGAAUCAAUGAAGGAUAUUAUGCUCGCGCAGUUGUCAUGUCUGAAGCUCAUCCAGGGGUCCUUGGUAAGGUUAGAGAGCAAGGUUGUUGAUGGUGAGACGAUGGCGAAACAAAAUGAAGAGCUGCGUGCUGCAUUUGAUGAGGCUUUCGAGCGUGUGCAAAAAAAAAUUGGUAAGAGUGUUCUUCUUGACAGUGACAAUGAUGCAGACGAUGUAGAUGAUGAAGGUGACAGAUUAGAGGACGAGGAUGCGGAAGUUGAAGAUGCGAUAGAGCAUGCGGGCCAGCAAAAUGAGCAAGAAGAAGGUGUUAUGGCAAAUAAAAAACUUGAAAAAUCUGCAGAGCUUGAUGAAAUCGUGGAGGUGGAUUUAGGUGUCAAGGUUUCGGCAGAUACCGAGGUGGUGACCGAGGUCGAAGUCGAGCCAGCCGGCGAGUUCGAGGCAGGGGACCCCGAGGUGGAGGCAGGGGACGUGAUCGCAGACCCCGACGUGGAGGCAGGGGACAUGUUAAAGGCAGCUGCCGGAGUGGAGAAAGAUGCGAAGGGGUCGUCAUCUUCUGUGGUAGAACCAAAUUCUGAGUUAGCGGCAGUUGCAGAGCUUGAUGCAAGUGCACAAGUGAAUCGCAUUUUCGAUGUUGAGGUGGCGGUAAACCCUGAAGGUAUUGUUGAGUCCGUCCUCAAAAAUUUGGGCGAUCUUGGUGAAUUGGAGAAUGAUCCUCUGAUCACGGCCGUGGAAGCAUCCAAAAAUAGUGAAAAUAUUGUUCAGAUUGUGCCAAGCGAUGCUCCGGUUUUAGGGCUGGAGACAGAAGUUGAAGUAGUUAACAAGGGCGGCGAGGGUGGACAAGGAAGUGGGCAGAAGGGUGCAAACCUUACGGCCAGUGAACCGGAACCAGAGAAAAUGCCACUUCCAUUUACGAGGCUACUUCCUGUUAAGAAAGAAAAGAAAGAACCUUCUGCUCUAACUUCACCACUGAAGAUUACGCGGAGUGUGUCGCGUGAACAAGGCAAGCUCAGCCCCUCUGAGGCUACCUUGACGGCUCCCAGCCGAAAACGUCGUGGGAAGCAAAUGCCGCCUUUGCCGGAUUUGCUGGAUACUAGUGCACCUUACCCUUUGAGGUGUGCUUCCAAUCAAAUGAUAGAGGAAUUUGAGCAAUGGAGGCUAGAGAAUCAAGGAAGAGCAGGGGGCGAUGAGGUUAAGAUUGUUGGUGAUGGAGAUAGGCCAGCUCAUUGGUUCAAAGAGAUGUAUUCUAGGAGGGGAUGGUGCCAUGGUGAUCAACUUGAUGCAUACAUGAAUUUAAUGAUUUGGCAUUCGACUAAAGGAGCUAGCUCGGUGUUCCCGAUGAUUGCUGUUAUUGAGCAAUUUUGUUGGCAAAGUUUAUGCGAGGCCGACAUUCGUCAAUGCUUGGAUAAGAAGGUGAGGCCCUACGUGGAAGGCUCUCGGCCUUGGUUCAGUGGUACGCCAUGGUGGCAAGCAUCUGCUGUUGUCGGCGUAGGGAACAUCGACAACCAACAUUGGGUUGCGUAUCAACUAGAUUUCGAAGGCCAAACGGUUCGUGUAUUUGAUUCAAUGCGCGGUGCAUAUCCAGUGGAGCGGCAGUUCGAAAAUGUGCUCAAAAACCUACCAAUCGUCUGUGACAUGUGUGAGGUCUUCAAGCACAAAAAUAUCCCACCACCAUACAAGGCAAAAUGGAGUCUGGACCUUGUGCCGAAUUGCCCACAGCAGGUAAACAAUCAUGAUUGUGGGAUAUUUGCAUUGAAAUUUGUUCAGUGCAUUAUAUCUUCCACUGAUAUUAGUGAGCUUGCUGGGCUUGACAUGGGGCGGUACCGAAAGUCUAUUUGUGCCGAGUUGUAUAUGGCUGGACGUCGAAAGUAAAAUGUUGGUUAGGUUAAUACUUCGGCAUCAGUUAGUUUUUGGUAUUUUGUAUCCAUAUUUUGGGCUUGUGGAACUCAAAACAUUUAGGCCACACUAUUGUGUAUGUACUUUGUGAAGGAAUGUCAUAUAUUUUGUUUCGGCAAAUUUGACAAGGCAAACCUAUACUAUGAAUUAAAAUAUAUUUUUUAAUUCAUAGUUGUAGAUAAUAA